AGCCUCAGAAUGUAACUACAGAAACUUGUAAUAUUUUCUGCAGACUCUAUAUCUUGGUACCUACCAAAGAAAGGCAAAAUCUUAAACAAAACAAAAGGAUGCCACCUAUGGUCCUGAUUAUUUGGUGAUGAGGAACAGGGGGGUUAUGGGCUGUAUUACAUGGGCAGAACUCCAGAUUGCAUCAGAGAAAGUUCUACACACCUGGAAGUUGAAGGAUUAGUGACUUCAUGUUAUAUGAGGGAGGAGCAGGAGGAGCCAGAUGGUAUUGGGACACCCUAAGCAGUGUUUUCAGCCUACCUUGUGUUCUUCCAUUCCUAUCAACUAAGCGUGCUUAAUUUACUUCCUAAUUUGUAGAAGGAAUUACAGGUGGAAAAUAUAUGAAAGAGUUUUUAAACCAACAGAUCCUUCUUCUCACUUUAGAAUUCGUGAUUAUAUUGUCAGGAAAAAAUAAAUGCAGAUGUUGGACCAUGUCAGAAAUCUUUUCAAGAGAAUGGAUUGUUUCACACAGAACGGAGAUGUGGCUUCUGAUUCUGGUGGCGUAUUUGUUCCAAAGAAAUGUGAAUUCAGGACGUUUGCCAACUAAAGCUGUGGACCCGGAAGCAUUCAUGAAUAUUAGUGAGAUCAUCCAACAUCAAGGCUAUCGCUGUGAGGAGUAUGAAGUCAUGACUGAAGAUGGAUAUAUCCUUUCUGUUAACAGAAUUCCUCAAGGCCUAACGCAACUUAAGAAAACAGGUUCCAGACCCGUGGUGUUACUGCAGCAUGGCCUACUUGGAGAUGCCAGCAACUGGAUUUCCAACCUACCCAACAAUAGCCUGGGCUUCAUUCUGGCAAAUGCUGGUUAUGAUGUGUGGAUGGGGAACAGCAGGGGAAACACUUGGUCCCGGAAACACAAAACCCUCUCCAUAGACCAAGAUGAGUUCUGGGCUUUCAGUUAUGAUGAGAUGGCUAGGUUUGACCUUCCUGCAGUGAUAAACUUUAUUUUGCAGAAAACGGGCCAGGAAAAUAUCUAUUAUGUCGGCUAUUCACAGGGCACCACCAUGGGCUUCAUUGCAUUUUCCACCAUGCCCGAGCUGGCUCAGAAAAUCAGAAUGUAUUUUGCUUUAGCUCCUAUAGCCACUGUCAAAUAUGCAAAAAGCCCUGGAACCAAAUUUUUGUUGCUGCCAGAUAUGAUGAUCAAGGGAUUGUUUGGCAAAAAAGAAUUCCUGCACCAGUACAGAAUUCUUAGACAGUUCAUUAUUUACCUCUGUGGCCAGAUGAUAAUUGAUCAGAUUUGUAGCAAUGUCAUGUUACUCCUGGGUGGAUUUAAUUCGAACAAUAUGAACAUGAGCCGAGCAAAUGUGUAUGUUGCCCACACUCUUGCUGGAACAUCUGUGCAAAAUAUCCUACACUGGAGCCAGGCAGUGAAUUCUGGGGAACUCCGGGCAUUUGACUGGGGGAGUGAGACCAAGAAUCUGGAGAAAAGCAAUCAGCCAACUCCUGCAAGGUACAAAGUUAGAGAUAUGAUGGUCCCUACAGCAAUGUGGACUGGAGGUCAGGACUGGCUUUCAAAUCCCGAAGAUGUGAAAACACUCCUCUCUGAAGUGACCAACCUCAUCUACCAUAAGAACAUUCCUGAAUGGGCUCAUGGGGAUUUCAUCUGGGGCUUGGAUGCUCCUCACCGUGUGUACAAUGAAAUCAUACAUCUGAUGAAGCAGGAGGAAACUGACCUUUCCCAGGGAACAUGUGAGGUCAAGUUGUCAAGCAUUUGAUACUGACGAGUCUUAGGAAUAGCCUCAUGGAAGAUGGGGCUGGGGUCCGUGAAUGGAAUUUUAUAGAGGUUUACCAGAAUUGAAAACCUACUAUAUUGGUAAAGAAAGGCAGAAAAGGGAGGGAAGAGAUAUAGUAUACAUACCUUCAGAUCUCCUGUACUUGACACUGACUGACAUUUAAUUUUUCUUUCAAUUAAGUAAACUACUCACUGGGUGAAAAUAGGCUUCAUGUGCUAUUAGAUAUUCUACUACCUUGAAGGACAGGUUUUGCCUGACAGCCAGAAAGUAUCUAGACAUUAUAUCAUCAGGUAAACCUCCUUCAAAAAUUUAUUUUUUUCUGUAAGCCAUAUUUUUGGAGCAGCAAAGUAAAAUGACAAAUUGGGAUAGACACUGAGGUCUUGAAUCUCUGGAUUGUUGUUGACUUUGAAAAAAUAACUAUAGCAACAUAACACUACCUCAGACAGCCAAGGUAAAGUACAGAUGAAAUAUAUUUUAAGUAUCCUUAUAAUAGGCCCACAUUUUAUAGUUGGGUCUCAGGGAAGAUAAUUUUGUAGGAUAUUUAUGAGUUGUCCAACAAAUGCAUUAUGCUUGCAAAAAGCAUGUAUACGUAUUUUAGUACCUAGAGUCUAGACAAAGCUUGUUUGAAAGUUUACAGCCUGUUGCUUGGAGACAUAAUGGCUAGAAAUUUCUGGCCCAGUUUUUUGCCUCUAAAAAUUAAGAGCUAGGCUCAAUUGGCAUAACACGGUUUAUAAAGACAAUGGUCUACAUUCUAUCCUGGUGAGUAGCAUCUGGGGUCUUAAAAGCCUGUGAGCAGCCAUCUAAGAUACUCUGGGAG